ACGCCUAAAACGUAGGAAAAUACUUAAAAUUUUAUAAUUUCGCUCACUCUAAAUAUUUUUAAGAUUAUAACAUUUCAACGUUUUAUUGAUUGGAAUUGGAUUGUUUUAUCUUUUAUUUAAAAUGAAUUUAUUUUGAUAAUUUAUAGAAUUUUAAGUGAUUUAUUAAAAUCGAAUGAAUUUCGUCAUAAGUUCCCGCACAUAGCAGAUCUUUUUAUCUCAUUCACUUAGGUUGUUUACAUGGUAGUGCAUGUCGCAUACCGCGGCAUACUGUGUAUAAUCCAAACACCAGAAGAACUAGAAUAAUUAUUUUGUUUAUUUUUUGAAAAAAAAAUCAUACAUCAAUCUGCUUUGUUAAGAACGAAAAAUAUAAUGGAUGUACAAGCAUCAAAAGAAGAGUACUUAUUGAAGAAAGCUAAUGAUGCUUUGGCUGUUGAUAUUCAUUCAGCUAAAUCAUGGUUAAUUUCUGCCAAAUCCCUAUUCCCACACAGUAUAAAAGUUCAGUUUGAAGCUUAUCGUUUUGAAAAACUAUCAAAAAAUACUCAAGGAGCAGCAGAAUGUUUUACUGAAAUUUUUCAGAGUUUUCCAGAUAAUAUUGAAAUAUGGAAGGAAACAGAAAAAAUAACAAAAUCAUUAAGGUCUGAGAAAAUCGAAGAUGAAUCAGAAUUCUUAUGUGAAAUGUUUCAGUUUAUACCUCAAGAACUUCAACAUCGUUUACUAUUACUAACUGCUGAACGUAGUGAAGAAACUAUUGAACAUUGCAAAUUGUUAUUGCUAUUGUUUAAAAGAUUUCCUCAAACCAUUUCUUCAUAUGGGCAUCAAUUAGUAGAAACACUAACAACAGCUGAAAAACAUAAUCAUGAAAUGCAUGGUGUACCAGUAAAUGAAAUUAGAAAACUAUUAACUUGUGAAGUACUUCCACUGCUAAGUAAUGCACAAAUUGAACUACCUGCAAAAACAAGUCAACGACUAUUGACCAAAGCUGUAGAAUUUUAUUUGGCUUAUCUACAACAACCUCAGGAUACUCAAAUAGAUAAUCCCUGGGACAAAUUGUUCCAAGUAUUAGAAUUGAUGGGAAAUAAAUUAGGGUGGGAAUUAAGCAAAUUAUUUGCUGUUCCAUGGAAUCGACUCAUGUACUGUGACCAUUUGCAUCAAUAUGCUAAUGCAAAUGCAUCUAAUUUGAAUGAUGAACAUUCAAAUAAACAAUUGAUACUUUGCUGCAUGGUGGUUUUUAUCAGAACUCUUCAAGAACAUUCAUCUUCUUUUGGAUCUCAGAAUUAUGUGCUUGUUGAAGCUUUUGCAGAAGAACCACUUUCGAUUCCGUCAGAGCCAAAAAUCAAGAAACGUAAAAAAGAAGAACAGCAUAAUAUUGUCAUUACUUGUGAUGGAGAAUAUGAUGGGGAUGCUUUAAUUUUAGCUGUAAAAUUAUAUGAUCUUAUGAAUGCAAGUGAAGUAUCUCAAAAAGAGUUUGUUAGGCUUAUAGCACAACUACGAUUGAAUGCGGUCUUGACAUCAUUUGUAAAUGAUGUGUCAUUGUAUAAAAAUUUGCAUCGGGAUCUUUUACUAAGGCUGCCUCAAGAAGCAAACAAUAUAAGUGUUCACUUACGGAUGGCAAGCUCGUGUUUUGUUGUAAAAGAUUAUAAGGCAAUGUUAGAGUAUAUAAAACCUGUAGUUGAUGCAUUACCAAGUGUAGAAGGUAAAUUAUCUUCUAAACUAACUGUCAUUGGGUCCAGACAUUUACAUUACUUGUCUUUAACAAAAAUUCCUAUACUUCAGUAUUGCUGUAAACUUCUUUUAUUCGCAAUUAAAGAAAGUUUAUCCUGGCCUGGAAGAAAUCAUGAUUGGGCUAUAGGUCAUGCAUUUGUUUUGAUGCAAAUGGACUGGCCCCAAGAAGCACCAUUAUUUCAUUAUUUCACAAAAGAGAUUUUAAAUCAAAGGUCAUUUCAUUAUCCAGCUUUUCAGGCUUAUCUUAUCAAUGUAGAUAUUUUGGAAGAACUUACAUAUUUAUGGACAGAGCAUGGAGGAAAUGUACAUUUAAAUAUUAGUGGAUCUACUGAAAGCGUACCAAACCGCAGAAUUGGUACACGAGGAGCAGAUAAAGGUGUGCGCAAUGAAAUAAAAGAAAUAAUGCGAAAACAGGUUGCGAGAGAUGAAUUGGAACCGAUUGACGAAGUACUGAAAAGAUUUAUUAUCAAUGAAAAAACAACCUUGCAGCAUAUGCUAAAAUUAAGAUGAUAAAGGUUCAUCAAACAUACAUUUUGUAAAAUAAAAUCAUUUUCUAAUAACAAUAAACUGAAAAUAUUAUUAAUCUUUUAUUCACUAUUUAUAAGCUUUAACAUUUUCAUAAUUAAAUUUGUACAAAAUUAUGAAUGAAAGUAACAGUAAUUGUAUUAUAAAAGUUUCAUGCUCCAAAAUUGUAUAAAAUGCCUUAUGUGAUAUAUAUUUAUAGUAAGCUUUUAUGUAUCAUAAAGAUAACACUGAUGAAUAACAAUGAUACGUCACAAACAA